AUGUGUGGCUACUACGGAAACUACUAUGGCGGCCGUGGCUAUGGAUGCUGUGGCUAUGGAGGCCUGGGCUAUGGCUAUGGAGGCCUGGGCUGUGGCCUUGGCUCCUACUAUGGCUGUGGCUACCGCAGACUGGGCUGUGGCUAUGGCUGUGGCUAUGGCUAUGGUUCACGCUCUCUCUGUGGCUGUGGCUAUGGCUCUGGCUUUGGCUACUACUACUGA